AUUUCAGACAGACACAUGUCAGCUGACUGAUCACAUGACCAUAGCCGGACGUGCAGUUCAACAUGAGCAGAGUUAAUGCCGCUUUCAAUUGAUAUCGGAAGUUUGUUAAUUCCUAGUUCUGAAGUCGUUUUCAAGUUUCGAAAUGGAAGGGCUUUCAUGUACAGUUUUUACCUAGGAAACUCGUAUUUACGAUAAUUCCGAGAGCACGUGAAGGCAGCAUUAAACUGGCUAUGGCAUCACUAUUGAACAGCUCUGUUUUAUUUCUAUUAAUUUUGGCAGCGCAUUGUGAUAUAGGCGACAUCGUGCUCGAACAGAGGACACAGUCUUUAGAGUCGCAGGAUACGGAUUGUGGUUGUCAGGGACUGAAAAGGGAGAUUGCUGUUGAUGUAAGUGAUGAAAACAAACUGGAACAUCAAGAUGAUACAAAUAUAUACUCCAAAACAGCAAACGAAAGUCCACACACGACAGAGCCUGAUGUACGUACUAAGAUGGUGCUUCUGCAGGGAGGUUGGUUUAUGAUGGGAACGGAUGACCCAGGAAUACCACAGGAUGGAGAAGGGCCACAGAGAAGAGUGAAGCUGGACCCUUUUUACAUUGAAGAGCAUGAAGUCACAAACCAGCAGUUCCAACGCUUCGCCAACCAGACAGGAUACAUCACAGAGGCUGAGCGUUUUGGAGACUCUUUUGUUUUUGAGGGCCUGCUGAGUGAGGAGGUGAAGAGCACUCUGUCACAUGCGGUGGCUGCUGCUCCUUGGUGGUCACCAGUGAAAGGUGCAGACUGGAGACACCCAGAAGGACCAGAUUCAACCAUAGAGCACAGGAUGAAUCACCCUGUUCUGCAUGUGUCAUGGGCUGAUGCACAGGCAUACUGUCACUGGGCCAAACGCAGACUUCCUACUGAAGCUGAGUGGGAGUUGGCCUGUAGGGGAGGACUUCAGAAUAGGCUGUACCCAUGGGGAAAUAAACUAAUGCCUAAAGGGCAGCACUAUGCUAACCUGUGGCAGGGAGAUUUCCCUAAUCACAACACAGCAGAGGACGGCUAUGCUAACACAUCACCGGUGAUGUCAUUUCCUGCUAAUGGCUUUGGUCUGUAUGACAUGGUGGGGAAUGCGUGGGAGUGGACGGCAGACUGGUGGAGUGUACAUCACACUAUAGAAGACAGAUAUAAUCCUAAAGGACCAGAAUCAGGGACAGACAGAGUCAAGAAAGGAGGGUCCUACAUGUGCCACAAGUCUUACUGUUACAGAUACAGGUGUGCAGCCCGUAGUCAGAAUACCCCGGAUAGUUCUGCGUCUAACCUGGGCUUCCGCUGCGUCUCUGAUGCUGAUCCAUAACCUCAUCAUCAGUUCUCUCAAUGUCAUACACUUGAAAGAGAUACUGUAUUUUGAAGAGAUACAGUAUCUUGAAAAGAGAUACUGUAUUUUAUGUAAAUAAAACCAUUUGUAAGA